AUGAAGUACAUUCUUUUGACCACUAUCUUUGCCGCUGCCUGCGCAGCUGGACCUCUCGCUGAAGUCAGAGAUCUAACUGGCACGCCCGAGAACACGCUCACUUACGUCGACGUAGCUCCGGCUGAGUUGGAACCGCAGAACGCGGACUUGACCGACCUUGUCGCUAGGGAUACGCUCCCUAACACUGUCUGCCCGGCCGGACAGACCUAUGACCGCUCGGUCUGCUUCAAGUCCAACAUCAUUCGUAGCUUCUGCGUUGCCAACCCUCGCAGCAACCGCGAGAAGAUUACGGACACCCCUUGCGCCGCCGACGAGAUCUGUGUUCAGCGUCGCCUCACCAACGGCAGGAGCUACGCCAAGUGCAUUCCUGUCGUUAACCUUGUCGAGUGGAAGACUAGCCCGGACGGAAACAAGGAAGGCUGCACUGACACCACCGUCAAGGAUGGAGGAAACCACCACAUCGGAACCAUUGUCUAUGAUGUGAACCGCAACCCAAUUCAAGUCGAUAGGAUCCGUUACCUCGGACAGCCUGGCGAUGUUAAUGAGGGAAUUGGUGGAGCGACCCCGUUCUUCAGCAGCGACCUCUUCAGCUUCGCAGGAGGCCAUUACCUCAAGACUUGCGUCUUUGCCGGUGGCUUCGGUAACCUGAACGCCUACUCCUGGGCUUGGGUUUAA